CAGGGGCCGCGUGGACCAUGCGGAAGGGCUCCAACUCCCUGUGCCUCCUCAAGGCGUACUCCUGCGCCAUCUUGGCUGUCGUCAUCACUGGCUACUCUUUCUUCGCAGGUACACAAUCGGGAGAUGUUAUACUGAGAAGGAUUCUGAAGCCGACUCAAGAUGGUGUCAGUCACCACCGCGAGAUUGCAGCACAAAUAGCUGACAUAUCCACAGCACUCAGAAGCAGCGAAUGCAAAGUCGAUCCGCGAAUUCUCCUGAGACUGAACACCAUUGCCGGCCAGUUGGACCCUCGCGUCUCAAUCAGCAACUCUCAGGCCCUGACAUCCUCGGGAGGUAAACACACCGACGCUUGCAACGACACGGACAACACAAGAGGAGAUCACCAGCUCUACCAACAAAACGAGCCUCUGCUGUGCACAGGUGCAGAAAGCAAGCGACCAAUCAGCGAGCUCAUCACCAUCCUCGUCAACAAUGUCGAUUCUAAAAUGUUUACAGAAAGACUACAGGUUCUUUUGGACGGUAUCCGUGGUUAUCAUCCGUUUGUUCCCGUCCUCGUGGCUGAUGUCAGUCCGAAUGCAUCAUCGUACUGGAAGAAAACAUUCUCUCCCGCAAGAAAUCACGGGAAUAUCCGGUUAAUAUCUGUCGAACCGCGACUCGUACAGACGCCAGGAGUAAUAUGGAAUCUCCUUAUCGAAGAAGUGACGACUCCUUAUGUGCUCAUUGCUCGAGACUUGUCGCAUUUCAACGCGUAUUCUAGGUUAGAACGACAGAUUCAUAUGAUUGCAGCGUCGGGCGCUAUCGGAGUUGCAGGUGGUGCGCACAGGAACUUGACAGGACACUGGAAGGUCGGGUGCUACCAGACGGACAUCAAGAACUAUUUCUUGAGGAUUACUGAAGGCUAUAAGCAUUCCGCAAGCGGAUGCAUGUUUUGUGAUCACCUAGAAGGUCCCUUUGUGGCGAGGACAAUUGUAAUGAGGGAUGUGAAGUUGAACCGAGAACUGCCAGAGGAUAUCCUCUUCAACGAUUGGUUUCUGCGCCUCAAGCAAGCCGGCAUCCUCGGGGUAAACUGUCCAGACGCGAUGUACUUCACACAGGGACGUGGUAAUUUUAAUGAUCAGCCACAAAGUUCGUGGCUGAAGCUAGCGAAACAGUGGGAAGUGCAUAGAAUAUUCGUGCCUCCAAAUGUUGUAUACUUGUUCUCGUGCAAAGAAGUUGGAUUGUCUUGCGAAACGUCCAAAAGGCUCAAAGAACAUCUGAUGCCGUCCUGCUGCUUGGUUCAAAUGGCGCGGGCGUGGAAAACUGUGGACGAGUUCGCAUCCAGGUAUGGUAUCGGAUAUGAACUGGCAUCCGGUUCGAUUCUGGGGGCGGUGACACUCAGAACGCAUCUGCCUUGGGCCACGGAUGCUGCCAUUCGUUUCGACGCCAGAGAGUAUGCAACAUUCUUCAAAAAACAGAAGAUUUUCAACAAUAAAGGUCUGAAACUAAAAGCGUUUAACCCUGAAGGAAAGGGAUACUUCCAGGUGUGGACACCUGAAGUCAACAUAGAAAUGUGGGGCGCAGACACACUGACAGGCAUCUUCCUUCCGGCGGACGUGAGAGAGGUGCCCACCAGGGUAUACAUGUUAGGGGCCUGGGUGAGGGGGGUUGCUAACCCCGGUUUGUACGCCUGGAACAAGUAUGGAUCCAACUACUUGAAACAUUCCAUUAGCCACAACGGCAGUUCAUAUGAGCGAUACACGUCGUCUUGGCCACCAUGCCCAAACCCACAGCAUCACGCGUGCCUUGAGCACUACCCUACAGAUGGCAGCAUUGACUUUGUGCCCCAUAUGGUGCAUUGAAGCUGCCCCCGAUUCAAGUAAGCAGUGCGAAAGGAAUGAAACCUCCCCCUUUAAAUACGAACCGGAUAUCGAGUUUCAUACGUCAUUUGAAUACGUGUCA